CCCUUAGCGCUCUCGGGGCAUCCCUGUGCUGAGGGAGCGUGCACACCGUCGAAAACCUCUAAUAGUGCUGCCUUGGAAAUAAAAACUAACGUGCUUAUGUAUAAAUAAAUAAAUAAAUCUGCGCUUUUCGAAUGACCACGGUUCUGGAAAAUGCCAAGAAUAAGUGGUUUCACAAAGCAAAAGCGCUUUAAAUUGUGUACCUAUGCGUCCCCACACAUCCAAGCAAAGUAACAGAAAAGAUAGAAAUAAAGGAAUAUUAAGAGUUUAUCCUAAUUUUGCGUGCUCAUAUACAAAUAUUGUUGUGAUGAGGAUAUGAGGGUAGGUAGUCCGUUGAUCUCAGAAGUUUGAGAAACGGCGGAAUAUGGUAAUGCUUAAUGAAAUUAUAUUGCCUAUCAUAAUGAAAUGAUGGCUAUCAUUAUGAAAUUAUAUUAAUCGGACUCAUAUUUUUAAAAUUUUCAUUUUUGUGUAUUUGAGUGGGUUUUCUUCCUUAGACCAAAGAAGAAAGAAUAGUUGUCCUGGAAACUGAAAAUGCUGUUCUUCAUCUAAAACUUGCAGAGUAUCAAGGGUUGGCUGGAAGAAGCACUAAAGAAGUAUUGCAGCUCUAUGCUGCUCAUGGCCAACAGAUGAAAUUACAGAGGAGUUCUGUUGUAACCCAGCUGCAUGGAGCAAUAAAGAGACUUAAGCAAGACCUGAAGAGCCUUCGUUCAUUUGCUCUUGAGCUUUCAAAAGACUUUCAGCGUCAAAGCAAGACUUGUCUUUACCAAGUUCUGGCAGCAGUCCAGGGGAUACAGCUGCAGAAUGAAGCAAUGCAAAUGUUUCAGAUAAAAGCUUUUGAUCUUGAGCAGUCUCUACAAGAGGUAACAGAGAGAUAUGAGAAAGAAAAGCAGAAGAGGAAGGCUCUACAUAACAGCUUAAUUGAACUGAGAGGAAAUAUCAGAGUCCACUGCAGGAUUCGACCAUUGCUACCUUUUGAUGAUGCUGCUGGACAUUCAGUAUCACGUGACAGGCAAAGAAACUUUUCAGAAAAGGCAGCAUAUGCAGCUGAUGAUGAAACCGUCCUUGUCAAGUGUAGCCGUCCUGGUCAUGGCUCAGUAAACAAGACUUUUCAGUUUGAGAGAGUUUACAAUGAUUUGGAGUCUCAAGAUGCAGUAUUUGCAGAUGUGGCCCCUUUGCUAACAUCUCUCCUGGAUGGGUACAAUGUGUGUAUCAUGGCUUAUGGGCAAACCGGAAGUGGGAAGACAUACACAAUGUUGGGACCACAGUUAGAGGGGAAUUUAACAUUCUCCAUAGAAGAGGAAUCAGAACUUGGAAUUAUUCCUCGAGCUACCCAAGAAGUGUUCAGGCUUAUUUCAGAAAAGCCACCAGGAAGUUACUGGGUUGAGGUUUCUGUUGUAGAAGUGUAUAAUAAUGAAAUUUUUGAUCUUCUGGCCAAAGACAGUUAUGGAAAAAUGCUUGGCAUCAGACGUGAUGUUGUCACAACCAGAGAAGGGAAGAGCGAUGUGCCAUUGCUGACACACGAGACUGUUGAAAAUGCAUCUGAAUUUUUGCAUCUAGUCAACAAAGGCCUACAGCUGAGAGUCACGCACCCAACACUGGUGCACGCUCAUUCCUCUCGUUCUCAUCUGGUAGUGACACUGACCAUAACCACAGUUGUCUUUGGAGAUAACUUUGGUACUUCAUGGGAAGAUGAACAAACCAGUCAGAAACUAAGUAAAGAGGCUUCCUGCACCUUUCCACAAAAAAUGAGAGACAAUAAAUCCACCUCUUCUUCCAGAGCCUCUUCACCAGUGCAGCUUGAAGCAGCCGAGAAAAUGAAGCAAGUUAAAACGAGACUGCAGCUGGUGGACCUGGCUGGGAGUGAGUGUGUCGGUAUGUCUGGAGUGACAGGGGCAGCGCUGAGAGAGACCUCCUUUAUUAACCGCAGCUUGUCCGCCCUGGCUGACGUUCUGGGAGCAAUAGCAGAGCAGCGAGCUCAUGUCCCAUAUCGGAACAGCAAACUUACACGUCUGCUUCAGGACUCCGUAGGAGGUGAUGCUAAGCUGUUGGUGAUGCUGUGCAUCUCUCCUGGCCAAAAGUACUUAACAGAAUCGAUGCAGUCUCUGGGAUUUGGAACUCGUGCUCGGCAAGUUCAGAGAGGACAAGUCAAGAAAAAAACUUUCCCAGUACUGAGUAAAGGAAAAUAAAACCUAAGACUCCUGUGGAUUUAAGUAUCAUUAAUGAGUUCCUCAGAUGGAAAUGUGUAUUGUUGUCCUUAGGCCAUUCUUUUAGAUACCAACUGCCAGAUAAAAGAAACAGUCCUCAACAUGGCAUUAAUAAGCAAUAAGCCUGCUAAUGAUGUUCUUGCUCCAAAGAUAAUAGCAAGUAUUGACGACAGCUACCCACCAUGGUAGAAGGGUAGAGAAAUAAACUGAGCUUUAAGAUGUA